AUGUCUCCAUCAGCUCAGUCUUUCCGUGAGAUUAUUGGGGUGCCCCGCUCCUCGGCCUCCCCGCAGGACUCAACCCUCAUCAUUAUCGACGCCCAAAAUGAAUACGCCACCGGCGCUCUGAAGACGGAAAACGUCGCAGAAACCCGCAAGUCUAUUGCCAACCUCCUUGCAAAAUACCGCCAGGGCGGCGAUGGCAAGAACAUCGUGCACGUUGUCCAUGCGGUCCCUGAAGGCGCGCCCGUCUUCACACCCAACACUCCACUGGCGCAAGAGUUCGAAGAGCUCACCCCGAAGGCGGGUGAGAAGGUCGUUACCAAGAACUUCCCUAGCUCCUUUGCUCAGACUGAUCUUCAUGCCUAUUUGCAAGGACUGGGCGAUCUGGGCAAGAAGGUCGUGCUAGUCGGCUAUAUGGCGCAUGUUUGUGUCUCUACAACCACCCGUGCGGCUGCGGAGCUUGGAUAUGAUCCCAUUGUUGCUGUUGGGGACAGGAACAUUCCUGGUGUCGAUGCUGCAACUCUCGUGUCAGUUGCUCUGGGCGAGCUGGCGGAUGCUUUUGCCACUGUUGUUUCCGAGAAGGAGAUUGGGGCAUAA